AUGUAUCUACUAAGACUAGGCACUGAAGAAAAAUUUGAACUUGAUCCAAUAAAAAAGGAGUUCUAUCUUGGACGUCACAAGGACUGUGACAUCCAGUUUCAGAGUGUACAUGUGUCACGAUUUCACUGCAAACUUGUGCGGGACAUAUCCAGCUGUAAUAACUUCACUGUUCACGCCAUUGCUCAAAACAACCGCACUUAUGUUGAUACAAGUACAAUACUUGGUCCCAAUGGCACUGCUCCAUUUAGCUGUGGGUCGCGUCUUGGACUUGGAGUUCCUUUUGAAUUUUCUAAUCAAGUAAAUCCGAAAUAUAUCUACCUAGAGUUGUCAACUUCUGCUACUUUCGGUGACUGUGGAGAUAGAAAUUCUUCCUCCAAUUAUCCUCCCAAAAAAGUCAUAUCAGCUGAGCUUAUAGAUAAUGGAUCUUCCACUGAAAAGGAAAAUAAAGGGCUACAAUCAGAUGUUGCAGCAAAUACUGACUUUAAAAACAAGAAUACGGUUGAAGCCAGACAAGGACUUAUUUCAGGCAAUCUUUGUAAUACUAAAGCUGAAUUGGAGAUUUCAACUCAUUUAAGAGAACCAAAACCUUCAAGCAGUAACAUCUCCAAUACAGAGAUGAGCAUUCAAAUAACUGAAUUUGAUGCCCAGCUCAAAAGCUUUGGAAAUCAUACAUCAGCUGACAAUCCUGUUAUAGUUAUUAGUGAUGAUGAGGAAGACCCUAAACAGCCCUCUGUUCAGCUAAAGCAGCCAUCUUAUCUAGGAGGUCAUAAAUCACUAGAUGGAGAUAUUAUCAACUCCAACAAACGCAAGUCUGUUACUGAAGAGUCAAAGUACAUUUGUAAAAGACCUAGACUGGAAGUGGGUGGAGAGCAUACUUUCCCUCCUCGAAAAACCAUGUCUCUGGAAAAAGAAGCUGAAAUUUUGAAUUUUGUUGCUGACUUCAAGCAAAACUAUAUGAGCAAAAUUUCUAGCAAUGCAUCUAAAAGGCCAACCUUGACUUUGGGAGGGAAAUCUUUUGUUGAUGUUCCAGUAACCAAAUGUUCCAGCAUUAAGAGUUCAAGUCCCAGACUGGAUAGACUUGAAAAUGCAUCUGUUGCAAAAGAGCAGCCUGAUCAGUGUGGAUCUGAGUUGAGCUCAGCAGAAAAUGAGGAGGACAAGAUACGCAUUCGACGCCUGGAAGAAGAAAAAGAAGCACUCCUUUCAAAGCUGGCAGAAAAGGAUGAACAAAUUGAUCGAUUGAGGAGGCUAAAGGUUGAAGCUGAACUUAAUUCAAAGAUGGGGAAUAUUGUGGCACAGACAAAUUUCAGAUUAUGUGAGUCUUCUCAAGCAAAUGCCCAAAAUAUGUCCAAUACUUUGGAAGUACAAGUUGUGUCAGACUCUUCUGAAAUAGCCAAGGCAAAUCAUCAACCUGUUUAUAAAACUAAAAAAAAAAAUUCACCAUUAUCUGUAUCUGCUGAAAGUGAAAAAGAGUGUGAGAACUUGCAAAGUGUCACUGAAGAAGAAUUUUUAGUAACCAAUGCUUCACGCCUUUCAGUUACAUCGCCUUGCUCUCCAGGUCCGAGAAUAAUUUCCCCUGAGACUGGUUCAAAUUCUGAACCUUCAUCCAAAUCUUUGGAUAUCAGUCACAAAAAUUCGUCAACUGUGAAGUCUAUUUGUCCUUCUUUGCUAUCCAAUCCAAAUUUGUCCUCUCCAAGCACCUCAUCGUCUUCCUCACCAUCGUUAUUACAGAGUCCAAUCGCAUCAUCGUCGCAUGUUGAAAGGGCGGAGGAUUUGGGUUUCAAACGUACAUCAAGAAUGGGAGAAAAUGAUCAACGCUUGUCUGUAAUUGGUUUGGCAACAAUGUUUAACAAGGAGUUCAUCCUCAAAGAACACACUUGUUCUGUUAGGUUAGAAAAACUACCGAGUCUUGUAAAUAGCAAUCAUCAUGAGAGCAGUGACAGUGACGACGACACCUCUCCUAAAAUUGUAAGCGAUUCCAAAGUGAAUGAUGAAGAAGAAAUGGAAAACUCUAUUGCCAAUCCCACCUCAGACUUCUCAAAUGAUCAAUCCACUGUGAUAUUAAAUGCGGGUAAGGUAGCGGAACCGGUUUCUAUUGACGGAUCGUUAGAAAGAAACGACAAAUCAAAGCUUGACUCUAGGAAGGAAAUAUUAAACAAUAAUGUUAAAGACUCUGAAAUAAAGACCCAGCCUUUGACCACGCAGCCCAGGAGUGCUGAGGAGAACUGUCCUGAGUCCAGUGAUGAAAGUGAUGAAGAAAUUUUGAAGAGCUCAGUACCGCGGCGUCUCGUAAUUUCAUCUCCUCCCAAAUCUCUGCCGAAAACUAUCCCAUUGUCUAUUAGAAUUGAAAAAAUCGAUAUUGAAGACUUCUGUUCUGACAAAGGAAAAUGCUCUCCGGUAGUGAGAAAAACCAACAACUCUUCGGCGACUAAUUCUAGACGGAUAAUUGUUAACAGUGAUGUUAACCUUGAAAUUCCCAGUCCUUCAAAUGACAAAAAAUGUCACGAACAGCGCUCUGCUUCCGAAAAUUCAGAUCCUCUCACCAAAUGUGAUGUUGAAUCAGUGAAACCGUUAGCUGAAAAGAGUUCUUCUCAAAAUGGAAAGCUGAGCUUACAGAAGUUUACUAAUUCAAAGCAAACAUGUCCACGUUCGAAACCUAAUGCGCUUGAUUUGAAAAUUGCGGCGGUUGUUAACCGGAAUGAAAGGGAAGGCUUGGGAAGCCGUGGAAAGCUACAUAAAUUCGGAAAAUUGCGCGAACGCGAAUCUGUUUCUAAUAGCCCCAAUUCGUCUCCUCCCCAAAGCGUAUCCGGUCUCAAAAGGCCUGGAGUCAUGAGCCUCAGCAGUAAUUCGAAAGGAAUUCCUUUUGAUUUGGAUGAUUUUUCUAGUGAAGAUGACGACGAUCUCCCAGAUAUUGAUUUGCCAUCAGCGGCUUGUACCAGCACGCCUGUCCUUCCUCACCUUCAGGCCCCUAAAAGCUUCAUUGAACCUAUUGCUUACAACACUUCUUCCUCUCAAGUGGAUACUAGCGAACUUGACCAAUUCACGCACGUCAGGAAACCAGACUCAAUGGGUGGAACAAAAUCCAAUAUAAUUGAGAAUAUUAGUGCCAUCACGUCCCCCACAACUGAUGAACCAACAGAAGAAAUUGAUUCCGUUAUUUUAAACAUCAAGAAAGAUCCUUGCGACGAACCUUCUUCAAUUAUGAAAACUGGUUUUCAAAUAAAACAAGAAAAAGAAGAUGGAAAUAAUAAUUUCGGGUACGAAGGAGAGAAUGACGACGAUGAUGAGGAUAUUCAGAUGAUCUACUCACAAAUGGAAGACUGCAUUCUACUUUCAAGCGAUGAGGAGGAAAUGAUUUGCUCGCAGGACUGCUCGUCCUUGGCUGUUGAUGAAUCUUUUGGACCCAUUCCCGAUAGUCCUGAACCAAAUGAGGACGAUUUGUUCAACAAAUACUCGCAACACGUCGAAGCCGGCAAUGAAAAUGUAGCCGAUGACGUUGGUGGCCCUGAUGCGGAACAGUUUCACCUUUAUGGUUGCAAAGAUGGAUUGAACGGUCCAGUUUCAGUUCCAUUGAGCACCAAUAUCGAAGAAAAGGGAAGUAAUGAACCGCUAUCUGUUGAAAUUUCUAGUGGGGCCGACGUUCAACUUACAGAGGCCGACUCUUGUUCUGUAGAGGAUAAUCUGAAUUUAAUUCAGGAAGCCGAGUGUCCUGAAUCAGGUACUAAGAAGGAUAACAUGUCCAAAACCGACCCCCAAUCGGAGCCCGUAAGUGACAAGAUAUCGCAGAAACCUUCGUCUGCAUCCAGUCAAGCUGAACUAAAACAAUCGCUUGUUCAUGUUGUACCCAAAUCUAAACAUUUCAAAGCCAAUAUACCUCGAGACGCUCCAGGCUCAUCCAGGUCCAUCCUGGUCCAGGCCGUCGACCAGGAUGGGUUGUUGCAAAUUGUCGAGAAAGCUCGAGCCAAGUCUGGUACGGAACGUAGUAUGAAGCUCACUAGUCCCAUUAUUCCACUAAAAUCCUCAAAACAUAACAAUGCUACUAGACCAGCCCAUAAGGUCAUGGAACGCGAUAAAAUUCCUAGAAGUGCUCCAAAGAAAUCUAAAUUCUCUAGUCCGAGAAAGAGACGGAACUCGUCUGAAGGUCUUCGAGACAAGUUUGCAAAGAAUUAUAAAGUCAAAGCGUACACUGCCGGCAUGUCAAUGAGCACUGGUGUGAAGCACAGGGCCACGAGUAGUGUCAAAAAAUCAGAACAAAUAGAGAACAAUCGAACUGCACAAAGCAUUAAUACUGCUAAUGUUAGCAAUUCGUCUGUCGCUCAUUGUAGCAAAGAUCAUCGUUACGAUUUCAACGUUUUCCGUGCUGAUGAAAACAUCUCUGUCGUGAAGAAGAGCUCUGUUGCUGUCAAGCCUCCUACAGUUGCUGCUAAAUUUACUCGCAAGAACAGGAGUCAGAAAUUAACAGAAGUUAAUUUGUUUCCGUCUCCUGAGAUCGCUCCCGAGCAGAAGACGAAAAGUAGAGCAAAACCCAAGAAGUCAAAUGUUUUCAGAGACGUUGGGCAAACUAACGAAAAUGCUGAUAUGGCUGGUGAAAAUAACGUUGCAUGUUCCACUUCAGAUGGUGUGAUCGACUUGAUGGAGAAAUUAAAGUCGGUCACUGUAGAGGAAAGCCAAAUCGAAAUUUUAAAUUCUAAAGAUUCUGGAGAAAAUACAAUUGUACCAAAAUCAAUGCAAGACAGUUCCGUUGCUCCAGCGAAUGAAGAUUGCAAUAGAGAGGAAGGGAGGAGUGAAGAAGCCGUUGAUUUAGAAUCGAUGAAAUCAUCGGUCAGCAGUAAUUUUUUGCCUCUUCCGUCUGGUGGCAUUCUGAAAAAGCCCUAUACUAAAUCCAAUCGAGGUCAUAUCUCAUUUCCCGUUAAGAAGGAGUGCCUAGAACGGGUAAGAAUAAUCGCACCGCGACUAGAUAAAGAAAAACUUGGUCCCAACUGCGUCAAGCACAGAGAACUUUACCAAAAUCCGGAAGCUAUACCAAACUCUAAUUCUUUCCCAAACGCCAUGUCCACAAAUGUUGACCGAUUCUACCUUAACACCUACUAUUUUGUGCACAAAGUCUGCUCAUGGAAUUAUGACUGGUUAAAACAGUAUGACAGCAAUCGACAAAAAGGCACGAACGCAAAACCUCCUCCUCUGCUGAGUAACAAAGGUUUGGUUUUCCCCACCCUCAUCCUGUACGACUCCUUCAAAGAUUACCAUGAGGUUUUCAGCGUGUUGCUCUUCUACGAAGUUUGGGAGCAUAUUUACAGGGACUGGUUGAAGUUUCAUCAGACCGUGGUUUGGUUCAAGUGCGAAGUUGACGUGAUCAGGUUGAACUACAACCCUGCACCGGCUAUACGUAAACAAAACGCCCGAUGUGAAGGUUACAACUUCACUCUUAUUAAGCUUGUGACACCCAUCAAUCAUGUACAAGAACGGCAGGGCCUGCAUCCACGCACUGGUUCCCUCGUUGCAAUCAGGGUGCCUAUAGAGAACCGUAGUACAAUUCUAUUUGCGUACGUCUCUGAACACAUGCGGCACUCAAGAACAAAUUUCAGUAAAGCCCUUAGAGAUGCUGUGCCGGAUGCCACAGCAACUUUAGUUUUGACUGUGCUUGCCUCCAAAGGAUUAGCUACCAAGAUAGUUCAAGACUCGGUAAUAAAUGUCUGCAAUGUUUCGUAUUUGAAGCCUUCCAUCCGAAUUUGGGAUGGACUCACGGGGCUGCCUAACAGUCCUCUCGGUCAGUAUGUCUUGAAACCUGGAAUACAGUGCGUCAUGCCUCCGCCAAUUAAACGGGAUUACUUGGUUCCUGAGAUGCCUUUAAAUUUCUCUCAGCUUCAAGCUGUUUCGUUAGUGUCUUCGUGCGUUCUCAGUGAUGGUGCUCCACGAAUAUCCCUUAUCCACGGUCCUCCUGGUACCGGCAAGACACGUACGCUCGUGGCUCUUGUAGCCCAACUACACCGAUCUGCGAAGGAUAGCAGCCUUCGAAGUCGCAUCCUGCUGUGCGCUCCGUCCAACGCUGCAGUCGACGAACUCACUCGACGUCUUGUCUUCCUCUCCCAUUUAGGCAUACAUCUAAAUGUUGUUCGUAAUGGCUUCCCUGGGCGUCAGUGCGACGACAAUGUCGUUCAAAGACUUUCAUUCGAGUCUUUAGUAGAAAAACGCCUACAAAAAGUUCUUUCUACUCCUGACGAGAAAUCAAGAGCUGAACUCCUACGCAUGACUCGUACGUUGUCAAUAGCCAGGUCCGAAAUGAUGGAGGAAACAGACCCCGCGAAGAAGCAGAAAUGUCAGGACCGAGUCGUUGAGCUGGUAAAGCGAAGAGCCCAGUUCGAAAAAGACUGUCGCCAACAUUUAACGCCGUCUCAACUCGCCGAGCAAAGAAAUGCUGUGCAGCGAGAAGUUUUGCUUGCAGCCGACGUCAUUACGAGCACCCUGGGUAGCUGCUGUAACGAUACGGUCUCCAAAAUUCUAGCCAACGAAGUGUCAGUGUGCAUCAUUGAUGAGGCUGGUCAGUGCACGGAGUCAUGGACAUGGCUGCCGCUGCUUACGGGGGUGCGCAAGUUAGUUCUAGCUGGAGAUCAUCUUCAGCUCCCGCCCACGGUGCUCUCCCAGCUAGCUCAAGACAAGAACAUGAAGCAGUCGCUGUUUGAAAGAAUAUACCACCACAUCGCUACCGAGGAGAACAAACCGCAUCUAGUGCACAGUCUGACGAUCCAGUACCGCAUGCACCCGACCAUAGCCACGUUCCCGAGCCAUUACUUCUACAAGGGGGAGCUGAAAUCUGAACCCACUCUGGAGACCACCAACCGCUCUGACUUCUCGCCUUACGUCGUCUUCGACAUCCUCGACGGCCAUGAAGAGACUGGACAAAUGCCUGGAGAUUUACGCAACUCAGGAGAAGCGGAGCUUAUCUCUACUUUAUUGCAGUCCGUCCUGCAGCUGCUUAAGGAUAAAAAGAUCGGUGUGAUCACUCCUUACCAAAGUCAAAAGCACUGCUUGGAGCGCAGCCUGAGCUUCUUCUCUUCUAAACUUAACAUCGUCGUCAACACCAUCGAUGGCUUUCAGGGCCAAGAGAAAGACUUGAUCCUUCUGUCGUGCGUGCGCGGUGGCAACGCAAGCUCAAGCAUCGGAUUCUUGAGCCAGCAGCAGCGGCUGAACGUGGCGCUGACGCGCGCUCGUCUAAGCCUCGUGAUCGUGGGCUCCAUUAGCUACCUCGCCGCCAGGGACGAGGCAUGGAUGUCGCUCUACACUGACGCGCAGCGCAGGAACAAAGUCGUCCCUGUCAGUGGCCAGCUCUUCAAAGACGCAGACUUCCUUAAGAAAUCCUUCUUGGUCGCCUGAAUUCUUAUUCGCGCGAUAUUUGUGCCUUAUUUGCCCCGGUCAGUGGCCAGCUCUUCAAAGACGCAGACUUCCUUAAGAAAUCCUUCUUGGUCGCGUGAAUCCUUAUUCGCGCGAUAUUUGUGCCUUAUUUGCCCCUGUCAGUGGCCAGCUCUCCAAAGACGUAUACGUAUUUCCUUAAGAAAUCCUUCUUGGUCGCGUGAAUAUUUAAUCGCGCGAUAUUUGUGCCGUAUUUGUCCCUGUCAGGGGCCAGCUCUUCAAAGACUCCGAGGUCUACAGGAAAGCCUUUAUGUUCGUAUUUUUCAUUUACACCCGCAAAACUUGUGUCUAACUCGUCCCUGUUACUAGUCAGUUGUUAAAAGACGACAGGUAUAAGAUAAAUAAGACAGUUGUUAGAAGAAAAGUCUUCUUGCACUCCUGAUUCGGUAUAAUCGCGGUCCUUAUCACUGGCCACAAGCCAACUCUUCAGAGUAACGGUUUCCCCAAGUUUUUUUUUUUUCAUGUAAUUGCAUCAAAGAUGUUGGAGAUGUUAAAAAGUUCUUAUACCCGUGGCUUCUGAAGAAUAAAUAUUUGAACGCAAUUUAAAUCAUUCUCCAACGGAAGAAUUUUCAUCUGAUCAGAACUUGUAUCUGGGAAAAAACUGUUUUUCUGUUUCUUUAUCCAUUAACACUUCCUUUUCAUUAAGAUUUUAUCUGUCCAGGUUAGUCAGUAGAACGAUUAUCUUCUUCCUCCAUACCUGGGAUUUUUUUUUCUCGCUUUUUUUAAUUAUCACCCCACUUAUGCCCGCAAAAUUUCCUAUUACUUUUUUAUUUUUCUGUACAAUUCUCGUAUUUUGAACAUAGGGGAGCUGAGUGUUGAAAUUUUUCUAAUCCCUGAUUCAUCUAAUGUAAGAAAUUUGAUUUCCUAAUUUUGUUUUUAUGUUGAGGCCCGUGAGCAUACAUUCGAGAGGGGACAUCUUUCGAUGUUAAUGCCAUGAAAAUGUUCAGUAAUUUUGUCCUUUGUGUUUCCAAGGAUUGUGUUCGAAGCCCACUAUAAGCUUAGCCCGUAAAUCAACGAGCUGGGGAAAAACAUAUCUUUAAAAUAUAUUAUAUUUGGGAUAUAAUGCUUGUUAACGCUUUAAUAUAAGGACCACAUGAUUACAACAAAUUGUUUAUCCACAGCACGGAAAUUUACAUUAUGUUUGACCAGAUUCUUUGUUGCUAAGCAGUAACCUUAUGGAAUAUUUCUUUUAAAGAGUUUUUUUUUUCUUUGGGCGAGAGUACCUAUAUUUACACCGGCCUGAUAGACUGCUCAAGCAAACCGCGGCUGAAGAUCUUAGUUAAGUAAAUCUUCGGUAAAUAAAGUAAAUGAUUGCGUCAGUUGAGUAAAUAAUUGCCUGUAGUUAUUUUUCACGCUGCUCGAACAACUGAGGUGUUCAAUUUUGAGUUACUAUGUAGACAGGACUAUCUCUCUUUCUUCAACUGCUAUGUGGAGGCGUCUCUUGUAAGCAAUAUAUUUUUCGAUAAAGGCAAGCUGAGACCUUCCGCCCGGAUUGCUGAUGAAUAAUUUUUGAUGGUCGAGCCUCUGCCUUGUUACUUAUGCUUGAGCCAUCAAACCAUAUUCAUAAUACUUUGUUGUUGCCUGAGUAAUUUUUGAAUUCAUUUUCCCCUUGCUCUUGUGCUAGACAUGCGUUGGAUGCUAUAGUCUAUGUUACUGGAAGACUAAGGAUUUUUCUGCCUAAUGUUAAAUGGGAAACUUAUUAUUAAGUAUGAGCGAACUCGCUCUGCUAAUAGAGUUUGUAUUUUCAAUCUUGACUGCUCUCUAAACUUGCUGCAGUAAUUGAUAGUAUAUUAACAUUAAGCCUGUUUGCGAGAGAUGACGCGACGUUACUUAAUCGCAAGUGGAACGAAUGUAAACUGGGAAUUUAUUCCCUUUGUCGUUGAAACGUUCAUGUUUUGCUGUAAAUAAAAUGUAGCUUUUAUUAUAGUACAGGAUGAAUUUUUUUAAAUAGAUCGUAAUAUGGUAUUUCACGUUGCGGCCAAUUUGUAAUUUUCCUUGAUUGCUUCAAAAAGUUUAAUGGUUAGACUGCACCCGUGUCAUAAUUUUCUCACGUCCACGUUCAAAUGUAAUGGAAUUCUUUCUUGACAGGACUUUCGUCAUGAAAUGGUAAAAGGAUUAAAACACUCGCUUACUAGUUUGACUUCUCUGUAAAAUAAUUUCUCUAGUCCACCUUGUGAAUUGUCACCACGUGCAGAGAGUUGAAUUCCAUAGUUUUCAUCUCAUGUCUUUACUACCAUCGUGCCUUCUAUUGUACAGUUUUACACUAAUGUUUGUACAUCACAAUAGUAAUGAAAAAUUAAA